AUGGAUAAGACUGCUUUUCGAACGAUUUCAAUUCAUGAGUUCAAAACUUGGUCGAAAAAGUUUGGAUGUGGAGACGAUUUGCAGGAAGACAAAGAGCGAGCUGGCCGACCAUCGUUAGUUGAUCACAAAGGUUUGAUAGAAGCAGUUGAAAGAGAUCGACAUCAACCUCUGAGAGAGAUCGAUAAGAAUGUUGGCGUGUUCCCA